AUGCAAAAUCAAGACACAAGUUUAAUAGAUGCCAACAUUUCAUAUCACGUAGAACAUUUAAACCAUAACUGGCAAUUGAAGGAUAUAUUGUUAACUAAAGGGUACCAAGAGGCUAAGAAUUUUCAUAUAGAAAAAUUUGAAGAACUUAGUAAAAAGCCUAAAAAUCAGUUUAGUGAAAAUCUUACUCACAAUAAGGGUUUGUUAAAAGAACUUAAAGCGCAUCUACAUGAUAUAGAAAUUCCAAUAACAAUAGAACCAUAUGACCAUACAAAAACUGGGGAUGAAGCUGUCAAAAAUAUUGUGAUCAACUGCGAUCGAUUUAUAAAACAAGCCCCCUUCCGCUCCAUUAAAGAAUAUGUUACUUUUGGAUUAUGGUUACAGAAAUUAUAUAUCUUAAAUCACGGGGAUUUCGAAUCAAUUCCGAUAAAUGAGUUAACAAUAUCAGUAAGUUGGAGUAGAAAAUUACGUAAACUUGCCAAACUCUGUGACAAAUAUCCGAGGUUUCAAAAUUUAACCAUUUCAAUUUCAAAAUUAUUGACGCAGGUUUUAAAAAUAGAACGAGAAUUAGAAAGAACAAGUGCUGAAGAACAAGCGUUUUGGAAAAGGAUAUAA